AUUUCAAAUCUAAAGGAUGUCAUCAGUGUCCAGCCGAAAGAUACUACCUUUAGCAAAAUUUUUUGCAGCCAAUCUUGUCUAAGAAAACUAUCUGUUAAGCUAUAUACUGACAGGAUUUCAACCAAAUGCAGCAUGUGUCAGAAGACUACUCUCAUUCAGUAUGAAGUAGAAUAUCAGAAUAUGAAAAAUAUGCUUUGCAGUAAUGCCUGUUUUUCAAAGUUUCACUCUGCUAACAACCUCACCAUAAACUGUUGUGAGAACUGUGGAGUUUACUGUUACACUAGUUCUGAUCUGUUCCAUAUACUUCAGGUGGAAGGACAGUCCCAUUACUUAAACAGUUCAAAGAAUAUUACAGCAUGCCAGCAGAAACCAGCCCGAACACUUAUAUCUGGUCUUUGCAAAUCAUUGAAGCCCUCAGAUGAAAUGAUUGAGAUUACCAAUGACUUGGGGAAGACAGAGCUAUUCUGCUCUGUUAAUUGUUUUUCUGCUUACAGUAAAGCUAAGAUGGAAUCUUCUACAGUAAAUGUUUCCAUGGUGCACAAUACUUCAACAGAGCUCCUUUCUCCAGAGAAGCACCUUUCUCCAAAGAGAGAUACAACUCCAGUUAUAAGCAAUAUAAUGUCAUUGGCAGAUACUCAUGCUGCCCUGCCCAUCAUGAACUCUGAUAUCUUACAAGGUACAGUUUCUUCAGUAAGAGGAAAUGUCCUAUUGGAUGUUUCUAAGAGUUCACCCAGUGAGUCAAGCAGUGGUAUCACUAAUAGUAGUAUGGAACAACAGCUAAGCCUUUUGCCAUCUUCAUCAGUACUCAGUCAGCAUUCAUCCCAUAUAGAAGUACAAAAGGAUCAAGUCUCCAACCAAGAUGCUACACUCAGUAAGAAAUCUAUGAAAAUAAGUAAUAGACUAUGUUACCCAAAGUUUACAUCUAAAGUACAAAAAGUUAAAAGUAAAUCCCAAAGUAUUAAAAAAUCUUGGUGUUCAAAUUUUCAGAAGUUAGGAACCACUAUUAAAAAGGAUUUAACAUUCUGUUAUUCAUGCCAGUUGUUCUGCCAGAAAAAAUAUAGCUUUGGAGGAGAGUCAUUAGCAACCCAAGGAAUUUCUAAUUGGAAAAAAACUCUGAAAAAUUUCACAAAGCAUGAAAAAAGUAUAAUGCAUUUGAAGUCAUUGCAGUUUUGGAGGGAAUACCAGUUUUGUGAUGAAGCUGUCAGUGACAAUUUAUCUAUUCAUUCAAAACAGAUGGAAGGAAAUAAAAAGUACCUAAAGCUUAUCAUCGAAAAUAUUUUAUUUCUUGGAAAGCAGUGUUUACCCUUAAGAGGAAAGGACCAGUCUAUUUCAUCUGUGAAUAAAGGCCAUUUUUUAGAAUUGUUAGAAAUCAGAGCAAAAGAUAAAGGAGAAGAAAUAUUUAGACUUAUGAAUUCACAAGUUGAUUUCUAUAAUAGCACACAAAUUCAAAAUGAUAUUAUUGAUAUAAUAAAGACUGAAAUGUUACAAGAUAUUGUGAAUGAGAUCAACGUCUCCUCAGCUUUUUCAAUAAUAUGCGAUGAGGUAACUGAUAGUGCCACUAAAGAACAGCUUUCAAUUUGUGUAAGAUACCCAGAAAAAACAUCAAAGGCUAUCAUAAUUAAAGAAAGAUUCUUGGGUUUCAUAGAUGUUGAAGAGAUGACUGGAACCAGUUUACACAGGACUAUCACAACUUACCUGCAGCAAAUCGGAGUUGAUAUAAAUAAAAUAAGAGGCCAGGCCUAUGAUAGUACUACUAAUUUGAGGGAAAAAUUCAAUAAAAGUGCAGCACAAUUCAAGAAGGAAGAGCCAAGAGCUUUAUACGUACAUUGUUAUGCCCAUUUUUUGGAUUUAGCAGUAAUUAGGUUUUGUAAAGAAGUAAAAGAACUCCGAAGAGCUCUAAAUACGCUGAGUUCUUUGUUCAACAUUAUUCCUAUGUCUAGGGAAAUGUCUGCAAAUUUUCAAAAGAUACGAAAGCUAAGUCAAAACAAAACAUGCAAGAAACAUAUAUCACAAUCAUGUUGGACACUCCAUGAUCAUACAUUACUAUCUGUGAUUGAGGGCCUUCCAGACAUUAUUGAAACAUUGGAAGUUGUAUCAAGCCAUUCUAACACAAGUAUGGCUGAUGAAUUGAGUGAUUUGUUGACAAUGGUUUCCAAAUUUGAAUUUAUCUUUUGUUUAAAGUUUCUUUAUCGAGUAUUAAGUGUUAUAGGAAUUCUUUCCAAAGAGCUUCGAAGUGAAACCAUAGACAUUUUUUCUUUGUCUUCAAAAAUAGAAGCAAUUUUGGAAUGUUUAUCAUCUGAAAGAAAUGAUGUCUGUUUCAAAAUUUUCUGGGAGGAAGCAGAAGAAAUAUGUCAAAAAAUAACCUGUAAAGGUUUUGAAGUUGAAAGACCUUCUUUUCAUAAAAGAAGAAAAAUUCAGGAAACAAGAGCUCUUAAUAAUUCAGACAAUAUGUUUUUUCCUACCUCCACAGAAGAACAAUAUAAAAUUGGCAUUUAUUACCAAGGAUUAGAUACUAUAUUACAGAAUUUAAAAAUAUAUUUUUCAGAAUUUGAUUAUUGCAAAGUGAAGCAAAUUUCAGAACUGUUAUUAAAAUGGAAUGAACCAUUAAGUGAAGCAACAGCCAAACAUGUCCAAGAAUUUUAUAAACUUGAUGGAGACAUCAUCCCAGAACUUCGAUUUUAUCGGCAAUAUGCAAAGCUCAACUUUGUCAUAGAUAAUGAUCAUAUCAAUUUCAGCAACCUUGGCUACUUAUUUAUUCAGCAUGGUCUUCAUAACAAUAUUCCUUGCUUAUCAAAGCUAUUAUAUAUUGCUCUGUCUUGGCCAGUCACUUCAGCAAGUGUUGAAAACUCAUUUUCUAUACUGCCUCGUCUUAAAACAUAUUUAUGUAAUUCCAUGGGACAAGAGAAGCUUAGUGGCUUGGCCCUAAUGGCUGUUGAACAGGAAUUAGUAAAUAAACUGCUGGAGCCUGAAAGACUCAAUGGAAUUGUGGAAAAGUUUAUACAUCAGAUGAAUAAAAUAUAGUAUUUGCUCACUGAAUUUACCUGAGUUUCAUAUUUCUAUUGGAAUAUAAGUUUUUAUUUCAAAUGUUUGUCUAAGAAAAAUCUAUUUUCAACUUGCCUUUUUCACUUUACAUGGUAUUUUUGAGAUUGUUCCAUGUCAACACAUAAAGAAUUUCCUGAUUCUUUUUGUACAGCUGCACAGAAUUAUAUGAAUGUACCAUGAUAUAUUGGGAACAGACAUUUUAAUUGUUUUCUUAGUAUAAAUAACUCUUCAUUUAAUAACUGCACAUAAGUCAUUGCAUAUUAGUAAGUUACUGUAAGAUAAAAUUUUAAGUUAGAAUUACUAGGUCAAAAGAUUUGUGCAUUCUUUAUUUUUGAUUGGCACAUUGCUUUCUGUAAGGAUUAUGCCAGUUUACAGACCUGCCAACAAUAUGUGAGUCAAAUAUUUUAUUUUUGCCAAUCCAUUAGUUGAAUAAAGGUAUAUUAAUCUCUGGAGAUUUAA